GAGCCUGUGGAGACAAAGCGGGGCGGGACCGAGCGGGGAGCUUCGGGGAGCGGAGCGGACCCGGAGCUACAGCCUCGCCGCAGGCGGGCGGGAUAGGGUGUGAGCCGGAUUCUCCCGUCUGCCUGUGCGACGCCCACCCAGCUACCCUGCUCUAUUAUGGUUGACCAGCGCGCCCGGGUGCUCACCUUAACGCAGAGCCUCUGCGUCCUCGCGAGGCCCCUGUCCCGGCCGGCUUGCGAGCUGGAGCCGCUGCAGGGCUGGGGCUGGGUCCGGAGCCCCAGGCCCGCCGCCGUCCCCAGCCUUCACUCCUGUCUGCAGGCUGCCCUGCCUCCGCCGCUGCCCUCGCCGCGGGGGAACGGGGAGCCGGCAUGGCGGGCAGCCCCCCUGCCGCCUGGCCCCAGGUGAGCGCGCCUGACCCCGGGACCUGGGCUCCUCGCCUCCCAGAAGAUCUUUCCUCGGAGCCCGCUUCACCUGGGACCCUGAGUCCCAGGUCCUCUCCAGGACGGGGCCUCACAGGGGCUUCCCUUGCCCCUCCGCGUUGUUCCCCAGGGCGUUCCGGAGGCUGCGGAAGGACACUCAUCAGGAAAGGCGGUACUGAGCGGGUUGGGGUAUGGAUAGGUUGGGUUGACGGUUGUCAUUACGGGUUCCCUGGCAAGCAGGGCACCUUGAGAUGGAGUCCAGGGGUCCCACAUGCCUGCUGGUGAGCCAUCUGCUUCCUCUGCCUUGAAUCCUGAUGUGCUGACUCCAUGGGCAGAACCAGUGUUGUUUCAGGGCCUCCUGACUUUUGGGGACGUGGCUGUGCACUUCACCCAGGAAGAAGGGGCGCGUCUGGACGCUGGGCAGAGGACCCUGUAUAGAGACGUGAUGCUGGAGACUUACAGGAACCUGGUCUCUCUGGGAGUUCCAGGAUCCAAGCCAGAUCUGAUCUCCCAACUGGAGCAAGGAAGGGAGCCCUGGGGCUCAGACCUGCUGGGGGCCCAGGAAGCAGAGACUGCGGGAAAUGCCGUCAUGGAUUCCACCCAGGGGUCUUUGUGUAAACAUGUGACUGCAAGGGUGAAAAUGACUCUAGCUGCAGAGCCUCCAGGAGGAGCAUCUGGAAGCUUCUUCGGGGGUGAGCCUCCAAAAGCAGUCUGCAAAGAAGCUGCUCUGCAGGAGGGCAGGCUAGGGAGCCUGGAGAACUUCCUUAUCAAGGAGAGACCAUCACAUGGAACCUUCUGGACCAUCUCCAAAGGAGAAGGGGCCCAGAAAGGCGGUAAAUGGGGACCCGAGCUUUUCUGUAGCCGCGAGACAAACGCUAAAGGGCAGGCAGCCCACACGUGUGAAACGUGCGCCAAGACCUUCCGAUACCUCUCGCGUCUGGUGAGACACCGGGCCACGCACAGCGGCGAGAAGCCGCACGCGUGCGGGGAGUGCGGCCGCGCGUUCAGCCAGCGCUCGCACCUGGUGCAGCACCGCAGCGCGCACGCUGGCCAGAAGCCGCACACCUGCGGGCAGUGCGGCCGCGCCUUCACACGUCUCUCCACGCUGCACCGCCACCAGCGCGUCCACAGUGGCGAGAAGCCUUUCGGGUGCCAGUGGUGCGGGAAGCCCUUCAGUUACAGCACUCUCCUCGCCCAGCACCAGCGGAUCCACACCCGAGAGAGGCCGUUCCGGUGCUCAAAGUGCGGGAAGAGCUUCAUCUGGAAGUCCAGCUUUCGGACUCAUCAGAAAUCGCACCUGUGCAGCCAGGCGGCGUGGAUCUCUGUAAGUUAAGUAGACGCUGGCAGGGGGAGCUUAGGGCUGGCUGCUGCUGCAAGGAGGGCCCCAGAAGGAUGUCCUCAGCACGUGGCGCCGCGCAGAGCGAGACCAGCACGAGGGACUGGAUUGUUUCUCCACCGGAGAUCGACGUGUGCAUUUCAGGUCCUUCCCACAACAAGGGGUAGCCCAGGCCUGCCUGCCCCAGCCACCACGACCUGGUAGCCUGCUGGAUUCAGUGUAGCUGUGAGACGUCUGUGGACAAAUUGAUGCUUUGAAAGUUACUAUUUUCAGGUGCAUCCAGAUUUUAUUUCUGAAAUUUAAAAUGUAGGUCUUCGGUUUAUUUGCAUCAUAGGUGGGUUCUAAAUGCCUUUGAAAUCCAGAUGGGCUACCGAACUUUUGGAUAAUCAAUCUUCCAUCACACAGCAGCCCUGAGCACCAGGAGAAGAUCAUGUAACUCUGGUCAUUGUUUGGUCCUGGCUGGUUGUUUUCAGAUGCUGAUUUGUUGAGCAGGAUGUGAGUGUUCCAUUUUGGGCAGCUCAGCCCUUGCUGUUGGCCCUGUGGAUUUGCUUGCUCAGCUUCACCUUCCUGCAUGCCAGCUCUGCUUGAGUCAGGCCAUAUGAAACAUUAAGAGCGUGCAUGUCACUUGGACUGUUCUUUUUUCUAGCCAGUUCUUCCAUAGAGAAUAUGUUUGCAUAGUAUGAAUGUUUUCUAUACAAUAAUAACAUUAAAAAUUUAAAACACAUGGUGGAAAUAGAGAAAACAGAUAUAAAAGAAGCCAGUGGUCACGAAACACAGGAUAUCUAUAGGAAGGUUAGUUGGCAAACACUGCCCAAGCAUCAGGGGGCGGGCAGGGGAAGGCUGUGCCUUUGUGACCAUCCACUGAACUCUUGGCAUUCCUUUCACUGUUUAGAGGCUGAGUGUCACAUGUCUAGUGAAACUAAACGUGCUCAGCCAUUUUCCUGUAGGCAGAUUAACUUAAUUACAGAAGCAAUACAUGAUCAUUUGAGGAAAUGUAUAGAUAUAUAAACAUAAAGUAAAACAUGGGACUUCCUUGACAGUCCAGUGGUUAAGACUGCAGGCUUCCAUUGUAGGGGGUAUGGGUUUGAUCCCUGGUCAGGGAACUAAGAUCCCACAUUAUGUGCAGUGCAGCCAAAAUAAAAUAGAGAAAAAUAUAACCGGAAGUUUUAUUUUGACUCAAAGGAACCUGGUAAACUGACAAUGAAAAAGGGGGAUUUGGGUGUUACCCACAGCGUUUCACCCAGACCAUCUAGAUUCAAAGCUGUAGCAGAAGAAAACCUUCCUGAACGAAAGGAGUGCCUGGUCUUGACACUGAAAGACCUGAUCGUGAGCGAAAGAAAAAACAGAACAUGAAGUUUCAUGAAAUGACUGGACCACAAACGCCCAGGAAAAAGAAGCUCACCAACAGGAAAAAAAUAAGCUUGCCCCAGACUUUAAUUAACAAAGACUGCAGCUGUUUCCAUAUUUAUUUCCUUUAUGUGUCACCAUAUUUUAUUUAUUUGACUGUGCCUUGGAGAGUGUAGGAUCUUAGUUCCCUGAGCCCCCUGUAGUGGAAGUCCAGAGUCUUAACCACUGGGCUGCCAGGGAAGUCCUAGAGUCAAAUUUUAAAGCUUAUUUUCUUUCUUUUCCCUUUACCUCUUUCUUCCUAGGGUGUGAUAGCAAUAGUUAAAUUCAAAUUAAGUUCAUUAGAUGCAAAAAAUAUGAUGGAGUCUUGUCAGAGAUCAAGAAGACAUGGCUCAGAAACGCUGGAUGAAACAGGACACAUUAAUGAAGAGGCUCUGAUGAUGUUCCUUUGAGGGGGAGGAGGGACCAGCUUCAGAGCUAUAUAAUAAUUACAUGUUGGAAUGUAUGGACGGAAGCUUUGAAACUGCUUUUUGAGAAAAUGUACUGAUGUGGAUAUUGAGUCGUCAAUGGGUGGAUUGUAAUGAACAUAUCUUGUUUCAGCCCA